UGUCUGUGGCAUGCUUAGAUCCCUUUGCCUUUCCAUAUGGAUAAACUAAACCAAAAAAAAAUGUCUGUGGUAUGAUGUCUGAUGUCGUCUCUCUGUGUCUGUGAACGAGAAAGUUGUAAAUAAUUUUCUCUAGAAAUCUUAAUAUGUUUCUUUAUUUCAAGGAUAUAAAAUAAAUAUAGUGUAAUCGUAAUUGUGAAGUGAUUUUUGAAUGUGAUGGAUAGACAUAAAUGUUGUGUCCUAUGAAACAAAAAACUAUCAGUGCGCACGAUACCCCAACGCCAUUUUGAGGCGAAAUAUUGUGUAUAGCGGGUGCCGCAGAGGAUGGCCCGGGGUGACGGGAGCAUUCUACAUAACUGACGGACGCUGCCGGCUUACAGCUGGCGCUAGCAUUCAUUUUUUUAGAUCAAAAUGCCAAGGCCCGGCAGCCUGAAGGACCCAGACAUCGCUGAGCUAUUUAGCAAACAUGACCCAGAGAAGAUCUUUGAGGAUCUGCGAGAGAUCGGCCAUGGAUCCUUCGGUGCGGUGUACUACGCUCGCUGCAAUCUCAACAAAGAGAUUGUGGCCAUCAAAAAGAUGUCGUACUUGGGCAAGCAGAGCGAGGAGAAGUGGCAAGAUAUUUUGAAGGAAAUUAAAUUCCUCAAGCAACUGGAACACCCAAACACCAUAGAGUAUAAAGGAUGCUACAAAAGAGAACAUACAGCAUGGCUGGUUAUGGAGUAUUGUGUUGGGUCUGCAUCCGAUAUCAUAGAGGUCCACAAACGGCCACUGCGCGAGGAAGAAAUAGCCGCGAUAUGUGAAGGCGUUGUUUGCGGGCUCUCCUACCUCCACAGCCUUGGCCGCAUCCACCGGGACAUCAAAGCGGGGAAUAUUCUCCUCACGGAGAACGGGACAGUGAAGCUGGCUGACUUCGGCAGCGCUAGUAUCAAGUGUCCCGCGAAUAGUUUCGUGGGGACGCCGUAUUGGAUGGCGCCUGAAGUUAUAUUGGCUAUGGAUGAAGGGCAGUAUGAUGGGAAGGUGGAUGUGUGGUCGCUAGGUAUUACUUGUAUUGAGCUAGCCGAGCGGAAGCCGCCAUAUUUCAAUAUGAACGCGAUGUCUGCGCUUUACCACAUAGCACAGAAUGACUCUCCGACAUUACAAUAUUUACAGGCGCCAGAAUGGACUGAUACGUUCCGUUACUUCGUCGAGGCUUGCCUACAGAAGAAUCCUCAAGAGCGCCCGUCGUCGACCAAGCUCCUGUCCCACCCGUUCAUCACUCGGCCGCGAUCUCCUCACGUAUUGGUGGACCUCAUCCAGAGGACUAAGGCGGCGGUCAGAGAUUUAGACAAUCUCAACUAUAGGAAGAUGAAGAAGAUACUCAUGGUUGAUGCGGACAAUGAAAGUGCUAUUGGUGACAGCGAGGAAACGGCAGAGGAGCGUUCGGGCGGCGACAGCUCCAAGUCGAACUCGGCCACGUCCGAGCACAGCGCCGCCGGCGCCUCCAGCCAGAGCUCGUCUUCCGGCAGCUUGCGGCGCAGGCCUCUCCCGAUCAAUGCCAACCACCACAACCAACACCAGCCGCCGCAGCAGCAGUACCAGCAUCACAACCACCAGCAUACGUCGCAUACCUCCAGAAGUCGCAAACGCAAGUUUUACUCAUGUUGCUGUUUCGUACCCAGACAGAGCGAAAGUCCUUUGCCAGUUCACGAUGAUUACGUGAAUCGGGACGCGCUGCGGGAAUAUGCGAAUCGGGACUCCCUUUGCGACGACUACGGAGACGACUACGCUAAUAGAGACGCGAUUCGAGAGGCCCAGAGGGAGCGUGAGAGGGAACGGCAGGCGAACGACUUCCGCGAAUAUGUCAACGCGCCUUCCACGUGGCAGGAUAGCGGGGACGAUAAUAGGAAUACACAUGGACGGCAGACUCAUAGAAGUAUAAGCAAUAACGCAGCGGCGAUGUCUUUAGUCUCUGAACACGGAGCAAAUAAUUUUGCGACGAUACGAACAACUAGCAUUGUCACCAAGCAACAGAAAGAGCACAAUCAGGAGAUGCACGAACAAAUGUCCGGGUACAAGCGAAUGCGGCGUGAACAUCAAGCUGCUUUGCUGAAAUUGGAAGAGCGAUGCAAAGCGGACAUGGACGCACACAAACUGCAGCUCGAUCGGGAAUACGAUGCACUGUUGUUGCAGCUCUCACGCGAACUGGAAAGGCUACAGACGAAACACGCGCAAGAACUAGAGCGGAAGCAGAAGCAGACCGCGGCGGCGGAGAAGAAGCUGAUAAAGGACAUCACCGCGAAGCAAGAGCAGGACCGCAAAAACUUCGAAGCUCAUCGCAAGCGCGAAUAUAAGGCCAACAAGGAGCGAUGGAAAAAGGAACUGAGUAUGGACGACGCCACGCCGAAACGGCAGAGAGACGCCACGUUACAAUCGCAGAAAGACAACUUGAAGCAAGCGGAAGCGGCAGAAGAAGCUCGACUGCUGCGCUCGCAGCGGGAGUACCUCGAGCUGGAGCUGCGGCGGUUCCGGCGGCGCCGCAUGCUGGCCGCGCACCACAAGCAGCAGGAGCUGUGUAGGGAGGAACUAAACAAGCGACAGCAACAGUUAGAACAAGCGCACGCGAUGCUGCUCCGGCAUCACGAGAAGACGCAGGAACUCGAGUAUCGUCAGCAGAAAGGAGUGCAUGCGCUUAGAGAGGAGCAGCUGUCGAACCAGCACGCGACGGAGCUCGCCAACCAGCGCGAGUACAUGCAGCGCGCGGAGCACGAGCUGCGGAAGAAGCACGCGCUGCAGCUCAAGCAGCAGCCCAAGAGUCUCAAGCAAAAAGAAAUGCAGAUACGCAAGCAGUUUCGCGAGACGUGCAAGAUCCAAACGCGGCAGUACAAGGCGCUCAAAGCGCAGAUACUGCAGAUGACAGCCAAGGAACAGCAAAAGGAAGUGAUAAAGACACUGAAGGACGAGAAGCGGCGCAAGCUGGUGCUGCUGGGAGAACAGUACGACCAGAGCAUCUCCGACAUGCUGCAGAAGCAGACCGUGCGUCUGGACGAGAGUCAGAUGAUGGAGUGCCAGCAGCUGAAGAUGCAGCUGGAGCACGAGCUGGACAUGCUGACGGCGUACCAGAGCAAGAGCAAGAUGCAGGCGGAGGCGCAGCGCAGCCGCGAGCGCCGCGAGCUGGAGGAGCGCGUCGCCGUGCGCCGCGCGCUGCUCGACCAGAAGAUGGAGUCGGAGUCGGCGCAGUUCGUGUCGGAGCGCGCGGAGCGCACGCGCGCGCUGCACGAGCGUCACCAGCGCGAGCUCGACCACUUCGACGCCGAGAGCGCCAGGCUCGGCUUCAGCGCGAUGGCGAUCGCCGAGGGCAGCCGGGAGUACGGAGAAGAGGAACAAUCGCUGUCCGGGUCGAUGCUGUCGCUGGCCCACAGCAACUCCUCCGCCAGCUUCCCCGCCGGCUCCCUGUAGUGACGCACUCUUCUUAUGCUGUUGCCUGCUCUCUCACUCAUCACUACAAGCAUACUAGUAAUCUCGCAUGAGUUAACCCUAAUUUUCAUUACGAAACUUGUCGCAGAAAAAUAAUAACGGGACUUGUAUAUUGUAAUGACAAUUUGACUUGAAUAACAAUGUAAGAGUAUCUAGCCGUGGCGCAAUCUGUCGCGCAAUUAGAGAGGUUUACAAUGGAAUAUUUAGGACUUCCUUUUCUAUUACUGUGCAUCCCUUUCUCGACACAUUGCUAGUGAGUAUGUAGUCGCAUUAUUUGGUACUGUUACAAAACAUUGAUGCGUUUGUUAUGUCAUACCAGUUUUUGUCGCAAAUUGACGACGUAUCAUCGUACAAGACAUAUUGUGACCGAGUAGUAUUUUUCAUCAGCGAAAUAUUACUAUCUAAAUGUUUAUUUUAAUCAUAUUAAAAAAUCCAAGGAUAUGUUGGGCUAAAUCGCCAAUAUGGGUUCGACAAAUUAACAAAUUUCAAGAUUCUGAAAGGGAAAUCCGAAUGCUAAGGGUCCAAUACACGUCUCCCAAUAUUUUAGUGCACAUACAUAAGUUUCUAAAAAUGUUAAAUUGAUAAGGACCUUAAUAACACGGAUCACAGAAAACAUGGAAAUGUGAAGUAGGCGUGGCUACUGUGUCAAUAUUAGCGAAUAAUCGCUGACAUCAAAGUCCAAAAAUUAUAGUAGGAUAAGAAAUCUUAAGAAUGGAGGUGUUUCAUACCACAGGAGAAUAUAGUUUACCUCAAAAAUCAUAAAUUUUUAUUAAUUAGCUAAUGUUUCUUUUUGCUUUAUUACUACCGCCGUCUAGCGUGGAGUAUAUCAUACUUUGUUAGCUAUAGCAAAGUAAAGUUUUGUACAGAGUGAAGGCGUAUUUUAGCUUAGCAGUCUUUUUUGAUUAGGGCGAUUUUGGGUUAAAUAUAUGCUACCAAUCAAAUCUAAUGUUUACUUGUAUAUAGUGCACUAUUUUAUUUUACCGUUGGACGUGUGCAUUUGGCGACACCUGUACUGUAAGUAAGUUAGUCUUAUGACACUUCGAUGUUUUCUGUAUUCCGUGCUCAGUAACAAUGGCAAUCAGUGAAUUUGAAACUGAAUAUUCAGAGAAUUUAUUCAAUGAAAUUUGCUAACUAUUUUACAUUCUCAACAUGUUAAAUUCUAGCUAAAAUUGUGCUACUCUGGAAAAAUAAAAGUAAGAAAAAACAGUAUAUAAUUAUAUUUCUUAAUUGCACCUAUGCAUGCCUUGUAGUAUCUUGCCAACCAUUGAAGCUACAGCGUGUGUAUAUGAACAUAUAUUUUUAUAUAAGUUUUCAACAAAUUAUAUUUAGUAGGUUACAUAUAAAAUAAACAAUCCAUUAUAUUAGUGUUUGGCAACAGCAUUCGAUUUAUAUUUCCAAUUAUUUCUGAGUACUGAGACUGUACAGCCCUCCCGUGGUACCAGUCUUGGCGGUAAAAGAACCACUAAUUUAUGACAUAAACUUUAAUUUAAAUAUAGUUCACAAAAAGUCCUAAUUUGAAGCGACAAAAUUAUUAUAAUUAUUCUUUCAUAAAGAUGUUCUAGAUGUCAAUAAAGAUUAAAGGUUCUAGAAAUGUAGAAAUACAAUCGGGCGAGAGCUUGCAGGUAUUUGUUUUUGUAAUUAAGAUAUUUUGUUGUCUUCCAAUCGUGCGUCAGUAUUGAAGAGCGGGGGGGGCAUUUCCUAUUCUACACUACUAAGUUUAUUGCACUCCAUAAUAAUUUAUAAUGUGCGGUCGGGCCGAUUGUGAGUGGUACUGGUACCAGGUACUGUAAUUAAAGUAAGUCGGUCCACUGCUUGAACAAACUUCAAUGUGUGUCUGGUGUUUCCGCUUUUGUAACUUAUUUAAAAUGCAAUCGUUUUGGGCAUUACUUUUCAAUAAUUAGUAUGUUCGAAUCUUAUUUUAAUUUAUCACAAACACGCUUUAAACUUCAUGAAAUCCCAGAGACAUAUUGUUGCAAAUAUAUUUGUAUGCUAACGUGGAAUUCAAAGGUCGUGUUGAUAGUGUGGUCGUGGAUGUGAGAAUGGGACGCUUUUCUAUUACCUAGUUAUUUAACUCGAGUGUGGCCCUGUUCUGUCAGCAAUAAAGUAUUCAUUGCAUCAUCAUUCAAAUAUUGAAAACUUGUGAACAAAAGAUCAGUUAGAGAGUGAAAUUAGUGUAAGCAAACAAGAAUGUUAGGCCGUCCAUCCUUAAAAAAAGUAAAAUAAAACAGCAGUAAAAAAAUGGCAGAACAGGAGCCAGUAGAGGCAUGAUUAUAACUAAAGGCUUAAAUAAAAACUAGUAUUCUUGAUCUACUCUUGUAUAAUAUGUAGUUUAUCAUAAGUUUAGUGAUUUUAGCUAAUUUUUCAUCUUGAUACUCUGUCGGAACAAGAUUGAAAAAUUGAAAUUUGAAAAUACGGAGUCGUGAAAAUGAUAUUGUAAGGUAUCGAGAGUAGCGCAGAAGUAUGCUCAUACAGCGCCCCGCGCCGCCGCUCCGCCACUCAGCAUUACACAGUAGAUAGUCAAAAUUCUAAUUCAUAUCAUUAGUUUUUACUUUAGGAAAAAUGGUUUCGUGUGUAAAUUUAUUUUAGUUACGAAUUGGACUGUAUUUGUUUGGCCUAGAAUUUCGUUCAUAUAUUGAUUGUUAAAAGUUUAUCACACGAAUUGAAACUGUGUUUUUUCUCGUGGAGCAUGCUUAAUAAAUUGUUACAAAAAAAUGCAGGUGCUGUUAUUGUGUGACCGACUGCCAAUUAUAUUUUGUAAAUAUAAUAAAUUAUAUAUAGUAUCGUAUGUGUAUGUAUUAGCAAGAACACAAUUUGCCUUAAAUUACGGUGUCGCGUGGGGCGCGGCGUUUUGUAUAUAAAGAACAAUAAUAUAUAAUUAACUAUUAUACAUAGUUUGUUACAUUUUGUAAGGUGCGUUAUUCGUGUAAAUUAGAAGUGCGGCGAGACCUCUGUUCGAAUUUGAGGUCUACUACUAUGUGCUAUUUUUCUUUACUUUUUAGAGUCCUAAUACACUAUUUGUGUUGUCAAAUAAGCUUACCAGUCAUGUAUAGACUAUUAUAUAUAUGUUAUUUAAUUUAACGCCGAAAAUAGUCAUAAAUAUCCAAAUUUAGUUUAUGGUAUUUUUUAAAUUAAUUUUAUCUUCCAAUAUCACAUUGCUUGUAAGCAUCACAUAAUGUGAUCGUAUAGUGUCGAGUACGCGAUAUUCAGACAGAAUAUCGCGGUUUCAUGAUCUAAAGAUUAGUUGUAAAAUGUGAAGUUGGUCAAAAUUGUAGUUAUUUUUCAUAGAUAUCGGUACAUAAUGUCAAUCGAUUGCGUAGUGAUAACGUUUGAUGUCAUUGUGCUUCGCGACGUUGAAGUAGCUCCAUGAUUUCCUCCUAACUGACCAAAUAAAUGACAAUAAUUUCUAGACACAGCCUAACUCGACUCGUCAUCCUGUCACUGUACAUACAUUUCAGGCCCCAAUGUGCGGAGAGCGAGCGAUGAUCAUUGUCUAUGGUUAUUUAUAUUUAAAUAAAAGCGUUUUUAUUUCUUCACAAUCUUUCAUAGAUCUGAUGCCGCAUAAUAAUGAAGCGAAAAACAGUAACUAUAAAUUUCUUGAAACUGUAUCUAGAAAUAACAUUCUGGACACGUCUAACGCGAUUUUGACACUGCUUAAUUAACGAGCAUCGCUGCGCUCUACAAAGAUAGCAAUACCUGGAACCGAGGCACUAUGGAAUUGAAUAUGUGAGCUGUACGUUCGCUUGCAUGCAAUAAUGGUCGGUACUUAACGUUAGGCGCGUAGUAUUUCGCUCGCUAUUAGUCUCUGCCCACCGCCGCAGUCAUCUAGUUCGUUAGAUCUUCUACUACAAAGUAUUAUGGAGGAUAUUUAUUGUAAAUUAAUUUAUUAUCGACACGCGUACGACUGCAGCGGCCAGGCGCGAGUAGUGCGUAGGCGAAACUCCCAACUCCCACCAUUUAGCAGUCUAGUUAGUUCACCCUUCAAACUUUUCGACCGGCAAAAUAAUUAUUACGAUAUAGAAGUACCAAACUCGUAGUUAGAGAUCACGUAUUAUGUACAUUACAUUGUACUAAAUGAUUUUUAUAUUUUACCAUUGUAUAGUCGUUUAUCACCGAUAAGUAGUUAGCAAUAUUGUGACAGAGGUAUGACAAGGUGCGCGGCCGCCAGCGCCGACGUUUUUAUUAUUAUUUGCGACUGUUAGCGGCCCGCUCAGUGCACCGUUGUUGUUUUCUUUUAUUUUUUGUUAUAUAUUUAAAUAACACAAUCGACUUGUAGUUUUAAUAAUAUUAUCAUAAUUAUUAUAUUGUAAUAUAAUCUUAUUAAUGAAAAAAUCAAACUGAAAAUAAAUAAAAUAGAAUGAA